UGACAGAUUCAGCAUGAAGACUCCAUUGACUUUCUGCCAUUUACGCCACCUCAAGAAUCAAAUGCCGGGAUGUUUUACGUAUAUGAGGAACCAGGCAUUGAAGUCAUCCACUAGAAGACCCUUGCAAACCGGUUCCAAACAUUCUGGUAUUGUAGUUAAGAAACAAGAUUUGUUCAGGAAUCCUCUCUCAAGGCUGCAGCCUUAUUUACAGAUACCAAUAUUGUCGGAGAAGGAUGACAUAUUUUCCCCCACACAGACAGAGUUAGAACAGGGCAGAUGCUUGUUUAGAAAUGACUUGAACACGAAGCAUGAGAUCAAGUUUCACACUGCCGUAGUGAGGUCCAGUACACUGGAGGAUUUCCAGAUGCCAGAGGUUGCAUUUCUCGGGAGAAGUAACGUGGGCAAGAGCUCUCUCAUACAAGCAAUGUUUUCAGAAGUACCAAAUGUUGAAGUUAGGGUGUCAAGGAAACCAGGACACACAAAAACAUUGAACUUCUUCCAGGUCGGGAAAUCUUUUUCCUUGGUGGAUAUGCCCGGUUAUGGCUUCAACAUGCCUGAGCACUUCCAGGAGUCGGUGGAGAAGUAUCUUCAAACCAGAUGCAGAUUGUGUCGAACAUUUAUACUGAUUGAUGGUCAGGUGGGUUUGACUAAAGCUGACGAAGUGGGGCUGAAGAUGAUGGAAGAAUUCAAGAUUCCAUAUGUGGUGGUGAUGACAAAAAUAGACAAGGCUGGACGUCACACUUUAGUGUCAAACUUGCUCUCCUUCCUUGAAGUCAGGAAAAACAGCACUGGUCACUGCUGCUUCCCACAGCCAUUUCUCGUAAGUUCCAAGAGCGGAGAAGGUCUUGCCUUACUACAGACAUUUAUAGCAUAUAUCACAGGUUGUAUCCAUGUUCAGGGCUUGUGAUGUCUACCUGGUUCCCCCACAGAUGUAUACUGCAGUCCUGAUGUGUGGACAAAGAUAAAUAAAAAUAGCAUCAAGGACAAAAAGCCAUGUUCAGGGAUUGUGAUGUUUACCUGGUUCCCCCACAGAUGUAAACUGCAGUCCUGAUGUGUGGACAAAGAUAAAUAAAAAUAGCAUCAAGGACAAAAAGCCAUGUUCAGGGAUUGUGAUGUUUACCUGGUUCCCCCACAGAUGUAUACUGCAGUCCUGAUGUGUGGACAAAGAUAAAUAAAAAUAGCAUCAAGGACAAAAAGCCAUGUUCAGGGCUUGUGAUGUUUACCUGGUUCCCCCACAGAUGUAAACUGCAGUCCUGAUGUGUGGACAAAGAUAAAUAAAAAUAGCAUCAAGGACAAAAAGCCAUGUUCAGGGCUUGUGAUGUCUACCUGGUUCCCCCACAGAUGCAGUGAUGAUGUGUCUACCGAUGACAGGAGAUGUUGAAAAUAACGUCAAAA